AUGGGCGAGAUCGCGAGCGUUCUCAGUGAGAUGUGUCUGAAGUCGGCUCGGAGUCAUGAAGCAAACGUGGCACAAUGUGAGGUGCCUACCACUUUGGUAGUCAAAUGCCUGGACCUGGAAGAGGAAGGGCGCGUCGCUUUGAGAGGAGACAAAGUCAUCAUCAGGAAACUGCUGAAAGUCGCAGAACCUGACGCAGCAUCGCUUACCAAAAUUCACAUCCUGGCAAUGGAAUGCAGUUGCAACGCGAAAACCUUCAAUGGUAAGUUGAAUGGCUCUCGCCAAGGCUUCCACGAGAUGCUGGUAUCGAAUUUUGAGCUGCAAAGCAUCAAGCAACCAAACAUCCAAGGCCGAGUCCGAGCAACCCAGCUCAUGACCAAUGGUUUGCUGCUUCUGGAGCCGCAAAAUGGUCUGCCACCGCGUGGUGCUUGGACCGCCCUGAGUCGAUCGCCUGGUGGACAUCGUGCCAAUGUGGUCAACAGAGCAGCUUCCACCAGACACACUUUGUGCCGCGCCAAGAAAAGUGUUUAUGUCGUAGGUUCCUCCACUAGAGACAAUGACACCAGCCACACCUUUCUGCACGGGCCAGCAGGCUGCCAGUCGCGAUGGUUGGCUGCAUGUAGGAGGCUGAGAGCUAUCCGAACCUUGAGGCUGGCGAUUCUCACUGCCUUUCCGCUCGGAAACCCAUAA